UUGGGUUGCCCGGUUGGUUCCUUUACUUUAUUUCGAAUUCCUUCUCUCCAGCAGCCUAAUUUUUUACACCAUCUAAUCACCCAUUUCUUGCUCUUACUUUUUCCUUCACUAAUAGCGACAACCCCUUUAACCUUAAACUAAUUUACCUUAUUUUUAGUUAUGGCAAACAUUGUAGACGCAAAUGCCCCUCGCCCUUCAGGCCAAUUAAUUACACCCUGUAGGGCUGAUUUUCCUGGAUGUGCAACACCCCCUCCGUUACCUCGUUCAAUUGAAACUGCACCUCAUAAAUGGGCAAAUACACAACCUAAAGCAAUAGCUGCUGUACAAUUAGAUGCAAACAAUAAUUCUUCAAAACCUUCAAACAAUUUAACUUAUGCUAAACUUCUUAGCCGUGCUGUUAAAAUAGCUUAUACUUUGCUAAAUAAAAUUGUUGUUAUUCCUUCGACUUCUGGCUCUGGUGGAAAGGAACGUGUUCAUUUGUGUUUACCUGGAGAUCGUGUGGCCUUGGUUUAUCCAAAUAAUGAAGCUCCAGCAUUUCUUUGUGCUUUUUAUGGAUGCCUGUUGGCAGGUGUUGUUCCUGUGCCUAUUGAAGUGCCAACAGCUAAACGAAGCGAUACUGCCGGGAUUCAACAAUUUGGAUUUUUGCUGGGAAGUUGUGGUGUUCGUGUUGCUUUAACAACAGAACGUUGUUUAAAAGGAUUGCCUAGAUCAUCAAAUCAACAAACUACCAACAAUACCUCUCAAAACUUUUUGCCUUCUUCACCUUCAAGUAGUGCAAAUUCUACCCUUUCCCCAACUUCCACCCAACGCGAUCCUAGUCAAUCACCAGCACCAAAUCGACAACAACAAAAUUUGGGAGAUUUGGCUGAUUUUAAGUGCUGGCCAAGACUUCAUUGGGUAGUUACUGAACAUUUGCCUAAACCAGCAAGAGAAUGGACAUUGCCUUCUUUAAUAGCAGAUGAAUCUAUUGCAUAUAUAGAAUAUAGCACAGACCGGGAAGGCUCUGUUCGAGGUGUUCAAGUUUCUCGUCAAUCAAUGUUAGCCCAUGCUAGAUCCCUUUGUUUAGCUUUAAAUUACAAAGAAGGCCAAACAUUAAUUUGUGUGUUGGAUUUUAAAAGAGAAGCUGGACUUUGGCAUUCUUGUAUAGCUGCAAUAUAUGCCGGAAUGCGUGUUAUAUUUGUUCCAUAUUCUUUGUUGAAAAUUAAUCCUACAUGUUGGCUUUUACAAGCAACUCAACAAUCUGCUCAAUUUGCUUUAGUCAAAUCUCGUGAUUUACAUUGGUCUUUAUUAGCAGUUCGUGAUCAUUCUCAAUUACAACUUGGCUCUCUAGAACGGAUUUUGGUCAGUGAUAGCGCCAAUCCUUGGGCUCUUUCCUCUUGUGAUCAAUUUUGUGCUGUUUUCUCAAAGCGCGGUCUAUCCCCAACAGCAAUAUGUCCAUGUGCAGGUUCUUCCGAAGCUGGCACUGUUGCUUUAAGACAACCAUUUAGACAACAAGAAAAUGAACAACAAAAUAACGAAAAUGUUAAUAAUAACGAGCAACAACCAAAAUGGGGAAGUGGUAGAGGAACUCUUUCAAUGUUGGCACUUAGUUAUUGUGUUGUUCGUCUGGAGCCAGAAAAUUCUAUUAAUUCUUUGGCAAUACAGGAUGCAGGUCAAGUAAUUCCUGGAGGUAUGGCUGUUGUUGUAAAAUUAAAUGGCCCUCCAAGCUUAUGCCGUUCUGAUGAAAUUGGAGAAAUUUGUUUACAUUCAACAUCAACUUCAAAUGGGUUUUACGGCCUAAAAGGACUUUCUUCAAAAAUAUUUGAUGUUUUACCUUUGGGAAUAGACGAUAAACCUAUUGGACCUUUACGUUAUGUCCGUUCUGGAUUAAUUGGAUUUUUGGGUCCAAAUGGAAUGAUUUUUGCUGUUGGCGCUAAACAAUCAUUGUUAUAUGUUUCUGGAAGAAUUCAUAAUUCUGAUGAUAUAAUUGCAACUGUACUUGCUGUUGAACCACAAAAAUUUAUUUAUAGAGGUAGAAUUGCUGUGUUCAGUAUUCGAGUACUUCGUGAUGAACGUAUUUGUAUUGUAGCUGAACAAAGACCUGAAGUAAAUGAAGAAGAUGCUUUUCCGUGGAUGGUUCGUGUUCUCCAAGCAAUUGAUUCUGUACAUAACCAGCUUGGAAUUUAUUGUAUUUGUUUAGUUCUUCCAAAUCAGUUACCCAAGACUCCUCUCGGUGGUAUUCAUGUUACUGAAACUAGACAACGAUUUAUUGAUGCUUGUUUACAUCCUACAACUUUAUUAAUGUGUCCUCAACAUUGUGUGUUAAAUCUUCCAAGGCCUAGAGAACCGCCUGCUGAUGUUGGUCCUGCCGCUAUGUUUGUAGGAAAUAUUGUGCAGGGUGUAAGAAUAGCUGGAGCACAAGGAAUGGAAUUGCCAUCACCCAUAACUGAAGAGGAACAAUGUUGCCAUCUUAUUGAUAUUUUAAAACAACGAGCAAAGAAUACUCCUGAUCAUGUGCUAUAUUCUCUUUUGAAUUCACGUGGAAUUGAAACAGAAUCUCUAACUUGUGCUCAACUUUUAAAAAGGGCAGAACGUGUUGGUGCUUUAUUACUUGAAAAAGGAAGUUUGGCAAGUGGUGAUCAUGUUGCUAUUAUUUUCCCUCCAGGAAUUGAUUUAAUUGCGGCAGUUUUUGGUUGUUUUUGUGCUUCACUUGUGCCUGUCUGUAUUAGACCACCUUCUGCUCAAAAUUUACAAACUUCUAUGCUUACUAUAAGAAUGAUUGUACAAGUUAGUAAAGCUGUUGCAAUUCUUUCUAAUGGAUUAAUAAUUAAAUUAUUAAAAAGUAGAGAAUGCCCUCCACCUCCAAAUAAUCAUCAAAGAAGACGACAAUCACAACAACCAUCAACACAAUUCCAAGCUUCUUCUUCUUCUUCCUGGCCAAUAAUUUUUGAUAUUGAUGAUGCUCCUUCUUUAUCUUUUGCAAGAAAUAAAUUGCUAAAUAAAAGAAAAUUGUCUGCAGAAAGAAUAGAAGAGGAAAGAUCAUCAACAGCAGCAACAUCUACUUGUUAUUUGGAUUUUGUUGUAUCUACAACAGGGCAACUUUCUGGUGUACAAAUGACUGUUUUAGCAGUAGCAAAUCAAUGUAGAAGUCUUAAAUUGGCAUGUGAACUUUACCCAUCAAGAAAUGUUACAUUGUGUCUUGAUCCUUGUUCAGGCGGUCUUUCAUUUACUCUUUGGUGUCUUUCAAGUGUUUAUUCCGGUCACCAAUCAACACUUAUUCCACCACAAGAAAUGGAACAAAAUCCUUUUUGUUGGUUACAGGCUUUAACACAAAGGAGAACACAAUUGUGUUGCUCAGAACUUGCACCUCAACUUUCUCAACUUUUAGAAAAAGGAAUUAAUUUAUCCAGUCUUCGUAAUUGUAUAAUUAUUGCUGAAGAACGUCCACGUGUUUCUUUAUGUACUGCAUUUGUUAAAUUAUUUGCACCAUUGGGUUUAUCAUCUAGAUCAGUUAGUACAGCUUUUGGUUGUCGUGUAAACCCAGCAAUUUGUAUGCAAAGUGCUUCUUGUCCAGAUCCAACAACAGUUUAUGUUGAUGCUAGAGCUUUGAGAAAUGAUCGAGUAACUUUGGUUGAAAAAGGUGCUCCACACAGUAUUUGUUUAAUGGAAAGUGGAAAGCUUCUACCUGGAGUUAAAGUUGCUAUUGCAAAUCCAAAAACUCGUGGACAAUGUGCAGAUACACAUUUGGGCGAGAUUUGGGUAUCUAGUGGACACAAUGCAAAUGGAUUUACUUGUCUUUCUGGCGAAUUGCAACAAACUGACCAUUUCAAUGCUCGUUUAACUACCGGUGAUACAAAAACUUUAUGGGCACGAACUGGUUAUUUGGGAUUUUUGAGACAAACGAAGGCAAUUACGGCACAUGGAGAAUUGCACGAUGCAUUAUUUGUUGUUGGUGCUUUAGAUGAAACAAUAUUAUUGCGUGGAAUGAGAUAUCAUCCUGUUGAUAUUGAAUUGUGUGUAUGUAAAGCUAAUCGUCAAAUAUGUGAAAGUGCCUCCUUCCUUUGGACAAAUUUGCUCGUUAUUGCCGCAGAAACGACAUCUCCAGAAUCAGAUGCUUUAGAUUUAAUUCCAUCAAUAACUUCAGCAUUGUUGGAAGAACAACAUUUAAUUGCUGGAAUUGUUGUAUUAUUAGACCCUGGAACUAUUCCAAUUAACAGUAGAGGAGAAAAACAAAGAGCACAUUUGAGGGAAUUAUUUAUGCGUGAUCAAUUAGAUCCUAUUUAUGUGGCUUAUAACCUUUGA